AUGCUACGUACAAACGCAGGUGCGGCAGCCUUCCACCGGUUGGCUUGCCGCCUUCAUACGACCGGGUCGUUACAACCCGAUCGUACAGAUACGAGCCGAUCGCGUCGAACUUCUACGACGCGGUUAGAAGAAGUCCUCGCAGAGUUCGACCGGGAUGGCACUCAGAGUAUGCGAGACGUUAGCAGGCGGGUGGGUGUCAGCCGGACCACAGUGCACCGUGAACUGCAGCAAGAAGGAAUGCACCAGUACAAAUUUGUACGGGUACAAACAUUGCUCCCCAGAGGUUAUGUCCAACGGAUGGAAUAUUCAAGGUGGCUGUUGGGAAAAAUCGAGCUGAAUCCGUUGUUUUGCAGGUACAUUUUGUGAACAGAUGAAGCCCUUUUUACACGGGAGGGGUGCUUUAAUGCCCACAAUUCGCACCUGUGAAACGAUGAGAAUCCGAUUGCGAUUCGUCCACGUGCAGCACAAGACCGUUGGUCAGUCAAUCUAUGGGCCGGCAUUUGCGAUGAUUUUGUUGUUGGACCAUACAUUCUACGCGCUAGAUUGGAUCGAACAACAUACAGAAAUUUUCUGGAGCAUGAUCUUCCGGAUCUCUUGGAACACAUUCCUUACGAGAUUCGGAUGAAUCUCAUUAUGCCACAAAUGUUCGGUCUUACUUAUUGUUAG